CUGACUGUCUCACAAACAGAAUGUGCACUGAAUACUGACACACAUGCGGUGUGAGCGCCACCUGCCAGUUCAAAUACUAACCAAAAUGGCUUCGGAAUCUCCUGAGAUGGAAGCUUCAAAUGCUUCAAAAUCGUCCCCAGAAGGAAGCGGCGAUGAAAUGGACACAACUUUAAUUAGUAUGGAAAAUAUUGAUCGGGAAUCUCCGCAAUUAUGGCCGGAAAAAAUUCCAGGUAUGAAUGAGUUCAUGAAUGCAUACAGUGCAACCAGCAGCAACAAAUUGCCUUAUUCCAGAGAAUUUGAUUCAGAAGAUACAAAUUUACUCAAUCAAUUAUCAGCAAUACCUGUGGCCAGCCUGAUUGCAAAAGUGAAAGAAUUGCAUGACUUGGCUUAUCAACUAGGCAUUGAGGAAGCAAAGGAGAUGACAAGAGGAAAAUGUUUGCAAAUCUUUGAUAAUCCCCGAAAAAAUGCUUAACUCCUCAUUUUUUAUACAUUUGAAAAAUAUCUAUGUAUUUAUAAACUUUAAUUAUUCUAUUUGCUAUUAAAUAUUAAGUCAAAUUCA